AAUAGCUUACUUUGCCUGCAAUCUAUCGCAGAAAAUAAGAGAUUGGAGUGUUCAAUUAGCAUUUGCAUCUGCUAAGUUUACAUCUUCCCACGAGAUUUAGUGUUCCUCUUAUACAAGAGUGACAAAAACCAAAUGGCUGUAUUUAAGUACCUAGCUUUGAUUUCUUUUCUCCUUGCUAUGUCAGCUAUUGUGUCAGAGAGCAGGGUUGCAAGAAAAGACUUGGGUAUCGAUCUUGGUGGUGUAGGAGUGGGGAUUGGAGCAGGUGUAGGCCUGGGUCUGGGAGGUAGUGGCUCUGGGUCUGGAGCUGGGGCUGGCUCAGGUUCAGGCUCAGGUUCCAGUUCUAGGUCAAGUUCUUCAUCUUCAUCCUAUUCGAACUCGGGUUCUGGGUCAGAUGCAGGCUCUGAAGCAGACUCAUAUGCCGGAUCUUAUGCUGGGUCUCGGGCUGGGUCUGGGUCAGGUGGUAACCAGGGACGCCAAGGUGGUUCUGGGUCAGGUUCUGGCCAUGGUGAGGGAUAUGGUCAGGGGUCUGGCAGGGGAAGUGGUGCAGGCAAUGGUGAAGGUUAUGGCGAAGGAGAUGGCUAUGGAGAGGGUCAUGGCAGGGGUGGUGACAAUUAAAAUUCAACAUGCAAACAAAAUAUUGUCAGUACUGUGUAGGAAUAAAUAAAUGGUGAAUGAGUCCCACCUCUUUGAGGCAUAUAUGCUACUAUGUACGUUGAAGGCUAAUGCAUGGUUUUAAAAGUCUUAAUUAGUA